AUAUUAGAGAAAAGAUUGUCCAAUUAUAUUAAAGAACAGUUAACACAAUUAGGUCUUGACGAUACUUUUGUCAAAACGUAAUAUAAAAUUUAAUACGUAUUUACUACGUUAUUAGGUCUCUGAAUAAGAAGAAAACGAGCUACAAUCUGUGAAAAAAAAUGUUUACCUUUAUAAAAAAUGUUUCAAGGAUAGAACAAGGAUUUAAGGUUUAUGGUUCUAUCUACCCAAGAUCCUGGGAAAUCCAGAUAAAUAAAAAUUAUACAACAAAAUAUGAUUCAAGUUCGAAAAACAUAGUAUUUGUGGACGGUGUACGUACACCUUUUCUUCAAUCUGGAACACAAUACAAAAAUCUUUUGUCGUACGAUCUUGCUAGACAUUCUUUAUUGAGUCUAAAAAGAAAGAUAGGUUUUCCUAAUGAAGCUAUAGAAUAUAUUUGUUAUGGUACCGUAAUGCAGGAAGUAAGAACAUCAAAUAUUGGUCGUGAAGCAGCUUUAGGCGCUGGUUACAGCCAACAUACACCAGCGCAUACAAUUACAAUGGCUUGCAUUAGCAGUAAUCAAGCUAUAACCACUGCUAUGGGUUUAAUUGCAUGUGGUACUUAUGACGUGAUUGUGGCUGGAGGAGUUGAAUUUAUGUCAGAUAUACCGAUAAGGCAUAGUCGUCCUAUGAGAAGCUUGAUGUUACAAGCCAAUAAAGCAAAGUCUAUCGGACAAAAAUUGUCGCUUUUAGGAUCCAUUAGGCCGUCACAUUUUGUACCAGAUUUGCCAGCAGUGGCAGAAUUUUCUAGCGGUGAAACAAUGGGACAUAGCGGAGACCGUUUAGCAGCAGCAUUUGGAAUAACACGAAAGGAAGAAGACGAAUAUGCAUUGAGAUCUCACACGUUAGCUGCGCAAGCACAGAGACAAGGAUAUCUUACAGAUGUAGUACCUUUUAAAGUUCCAGGCAUAGAAGAAGUAGUAAGCAAAGAUAACGGAAUACGCGUCUCAACGCCAGAACAAUUGGCAAAAUUGAAACCAGCGUUUGUUAAACCAUAUGGGACUGUAACCGCAGCUAACUCAUCCUUCUUAACUGAUGGUGCAUCUGCAGCUUUAAUAACGACAGAAGAAAAAGCUCGUUUAUUGGGUCUCAAGCCGAAAGCAUAUUUACGAAACUUUACUUAUGUAUCUCAAGAUCCAGUCGAUCAAUUACUCUUAGGUCCUGCUUAUGCCAUUCCCAAGGUAUUAGAAAAAUCAAAGUUAAAUGUAAAGGAUAUAGGUGUAUGGGAAGUACACGAAGCAUUCUCUGCACAAAUAUUAGCUAACCUUAAAGCUUUGGAUUCCGAUUGGUUCGCUCAACAUUAUUUAAAGAGAAGCGGAAAAGUAGGUGUUCCAGAGCUUCAAAAGUGGAAUUCAUGGGGUGGAUCUCUUUCAAUUGGUCAUCCGUUUGCUGCUACAGGAAUUCGUUUAGUCACUCAUACUGCCAACAGGCUUAUCAAAGAAGAUCAACAGUUUGGAUUAGUUGCUGCAUGUGCAGCUGGUGGACAGGGAGUGGGGAUGAUCAUCGAGAAACAUCCUGAUGCUAAAGUUUGAUAUAAAUAAAUCGUGCUAUAUAUAUAAAAGAAAUUAACGUUAACACGAAUAUUGUACAGACAAAUAUUUUUAUAUUAUAUUAUCUGUUGAAAUAUUU